AAUGACCCUCCAGUGCUGACUCACUCUAAGGCUCUGCAAGGGGAAAGCAGCAGGAAGCCGGGACCGGGAGAAAGCAGGCCUGCCAAGCCCCAGAGGCACACACGCCAGGGAACGAUGGGGCUGGUGGGGACCUGCUGCUCUCGCCAUGAACAGCAGCAGCAGCUGGGAGCAGGAAAUUUGGACUUCAGAGCCCUUGUGGUCCAAGGUGGACUCUUCCCCAUGGCUGCUGGAGUUGGAAAAUGAGAAAGACCGUCUAACAUCGGAGAGCCUUUGAUCUUCCCCAGCUCUUCUUCCAGCCACCUCUGUCUUCCCAGAGAGAUUCCACAAGGGAGGAAACGAAGGAAUCCCCAUAGAUCGCUUUGGGAUCAAAAGGAGCCUUGCUUCCAGACGUCCCUCCACAUAACAGCAGAAACAUGAACACGAAGCUCUUGAAGAUCGGGAUCCUGACGGUGCUGCUCUCGGCUGUUGCAAUUGGUCUUGGGCUGUUCUUUGGGCUGCGCCCACAGCCACAAGAGCACAUCUACGCCAAGGCAGCAGUGGCUACCGACGCCGGCCCCUGUUCGGUCAUUGGGAGGGACAUCCUUCAGAAAGGGGGAUCCUCUGUGGAUGCUGCCAUUGCCAGUCUCCUGUGUGGGGGCCUGAUGAACCCCCACAGCAUGGGCAUUGGAGGAGGCCUUUUUUUCACCAUCCUCUCAACAAAGGGGAAAGUGGAAAUCAUUAAUGCCAGGGAAGUGGCACCCAGGAAUGCAUCUCGAGACAUGUUUGGCAACAACACCGCUCUGUCCCAGAAAGGUGGAUUGUCCAUUGCGGUUCCAGGAGAAAUCCGUGGCUAUGAACUGGCCCACCGACGGCAUGGCAAACUGCUUUGGAAGGAGCUGUUUCAGCCCAGUAUCCAGUUAGCCAGAGAAGGGUUCCCUGUUGGUAAAGGCCUGGCCAAAGCCCUGGAGUCCAGGAGCAGUGAGAUUGAAAGCAUCCCGUCCUUGUGUGAGGUCUUCUGCAAAAGCGGGAAAGUACUGCAGGAGAAGCAACUCCUCCGCCUGCCCAAACUGGCCAGUACCUACGAGACCAUCGCCAACCAGGGCGCGGAUGCCUUCUACACUGGAAACCUGGCACAGCAGAUGGUGGCUGAGGUCCAAAACGCAGGUGGGAUCCUUACCAUGGAGGACCUGAGGGAUUACCGACCAACUCUGGAAGAAAAUCCUUUAAAAGUGCAACUUGGCCAGUUCAGCAUGUAUGUGCCCAAUGCGCCUUUAAGUGGCCCUGUGCUGGCCCUGAUCCUCAACAUCCUGAAAGGCUUCCGGUUCUCUAAGAACAGCACCCGGACUCCAGAAGAGAAGGGCUGGACGUACCAUCGCAUCUUGGAGGCUUUCCGCUUUGCCUACGCCAAGCGGAGUUUACUCGGGGACCCUGCGUUUGUCAACCUCACAGAGGUGAUCAGAAACAUGACAUCAGAGUCCUUUGCCGAUAACCUGCGGAGCAAAAUCACCAACACUACCCAUAACAUCAGCUAUUAUGAACCAGAUUACUACACUCCGGAACAUGCUGGGACGUCCCAUGUCUCGGUCGUAGCUGAGGACGGCAGCGCAGUCUCAGCCACCAGCACCAUCAACCACUACUUCGGCUCCGACCUCCGUUCCCCUGUGAAUGGCAUCAUCUUCAACAAUGAGAUGGAUGACUUCAGCUCCCCACACAUAGUGAAUGGCUUCGGCGUCCCCCCUUCGGCGGCCAACUUCAUUGCUCCAGGUAAACAACCUUUCUCAUCCAUGUGUCCGACUAUCCUGGUGGAUGAGAAGAACAAAGUCAGGAUGGUGGUCGGUGCUUCUGGAGGGACAAAAAUCACAACAGCAACAGCCCUGACCAUCGUAAAUGCCCUGUGGCUUGGCUAUGAUGUGAAAGCUGCUGUAGAGGAGCCCCGAGUUCAUAACCAGUUGUUCCCCCUGGCUACACUUCUGGAGGAGGAUGUGGCAAAGGAAAUUGAAGACGACCUGGUGAAAAGGAAACACGAAGUCAAGAGGACCAACGAAGGCGCUGUGGUGCAGGCCAUUCUCUGGACUGGAAACGGUUGGGCUGCAGCCUCCGAUUCCCGCAAAGGAGGCUUCCCAGCAGGAUACUAAGCUGGCCAGCUACAUGUUGCUCAGAAAGCCCGAGCUUGACUGGCCCACCACUUUCUACAGAUCUCUGGAGCAAGUGAUUCAGUGUCUCACCGAUAUGGGGUAUGGGGUAGAUUUAUAAUGACAUAGGAUAAUGAGAUGACCAUGGGACAAUUGUGCACUACUUAAUUGGCAAACACUAUAGAUGUAGGGAUAGGGGGGAAAUCCAGCCAUUGACAUCAGUUUGGCUUUGGCAUUUCUUAAGGAUCCACAGAAUCCUGUUGCUCAUUGUUUCCUUGGUGGAUCCCCUGAUGAAUGCAGGAAAUGCUGUCCAGGCCUCCUGGAGAAAGCCAGGCAACCUGAGGUGGAUUUUGUAGCUUGGUGUCUCUGGUGGCAGAAAAGGCAUCCUGGUUGCUUCCACUGGGCUCUCCAGAUGGGUCAGCAGGUGGCACUCUACACCCAGCAGAAGAAGAGUGAUGGGUUCUCCCUCCAAAUGUCACUGUUGGAGGGGGUGAGAAGCGAUGGUCUCCACAUGGGCUGUCAGCAAAGACAGUGUUUUGUCCAGGUGCAAGGAAACUUGAUAAUUGGGCCACUUUCUGACCCUGGUUCAGAAGACAAGCAAGGGAAUGUGAGAAGAUGUGAGCCUUGGGAGACAGACAGACUUCUCUCCCUCCUUUGCCAGCUGUGACCCCUUCAGCUACCCCAGAUACUGUUUGGGCCAAUCCACCCUCCCCCAAGCCACAGUGGGCUGGAAGGCAUCCCAGAGGGUGGGGGUGGGGUUGCACUCUAGAGGGCCAGGCCUUUCCCAGGGCAAGGCAUCCCCUACCCACGGCAGAAGCCAAAGGGUUGGUAUGGUGCCAACCAAAAUGGGGCCAGGGUCAAAAAGAAAAUUACUUCAAAAUAGCUAAGUGUAACAUGGCUGUUUCUAAUAUUUUCAUUCAUUCUCAAGUGUCAUGCCCAGAUAUCACAACCAGAUGAUUACUUCCCGUCAUUGAGAAAACUAUUCAUUCAGCUUAAAACUGCAUGUCCUUUUUGAACAGAUUCUAGUCAACCUUCAAUAUCUUUUUGGCAAGUCUGUGACCAACUAGGUAUUUCCCCAUCUUAUGCUGGGCAUCUGAUGGAUCAUUUUCUAAGUAAGGAGCUUUGUGGCUGUUGCAUUUCAUCUAUUUCUCUGUAUCACUUUAAAUUUUGUUUCUUUUGAAGGGUUUUUGUGUCAUAUAACCCUUCCUGCCUUGGCUUCACCAUUCAUCAGUAAACUGGGAGGUCCAAUUUGGAAAAUGUGACCUAUCACUUGACAAUGCCUUUCUCCAGUGUGAUGAGGAAAUGUCAAUGAGACUAGUUCCAGGCUGCAUAAACAGGGA